GGAGCUCGGAGAGCCUCAGGUGCCUGUGGGUUGGGCCGCACCUGUGGGGACCAGAAGGGACGCUCCCGUCGAGUCGCUGGACCUGCGGGCUCCUUGGAGAUGCGUGUCCCCGGCCGGCGGCUGAUGAAGAAAGACGCGGCUCCCCGGGGCCCUUGAGCCUCUGUAGCCAGAGAGAGGUCCAGCAUGGGCUGCGGGCAGCUCGCUGCUGGCCUGCUCCUCUUCACCCUGCUCCCAGCAGGGUGUCUGUGCUUGCUGGUCACAGUCCAGCACACAGAACGCUAUGUUACUCUGUUUGCCUCCGUCACCCUCAAAUGUGACUACACCACCUCUGCUCAGCUCCAGGACGUGGUUGUGACAUGGCGCUUCAAGUCCUUCUGCAAGGACCCCAUCUUUGACUACUUCUCUGCCUCAUACCAGGCUGCUUUGUCCCUGGGCCAGGACCCCUCCAAUGACUGUAGUGAUAAUCAGAGGGAAGUUCGCAUCGUGGCCCAGCGGCGCGGGCAGAGUGAGCCUGUGCUGGGGGUGGAUUACCGGCAGCGCAAGAUCACCAUCCAGAACCGAGCAGAUCUUGUGAUUAAUGAGGUGAUGUGGUGGGAUCACGGAGUAUACUACUGCACCAUCGAGGCUCCGGGAGACACAUCAGGAGACCCAGAUAAGGAGGUGAAGCUCAUCGUCCUGCAUUGGCUGACAGUGAUCUUCAUCAUCCUUGGAGCCCUCCUUCUCCUGCUGCUGAUUGGUGUGUGCUGGUGCCAGUGUUGUCCACAGUAUUGCUGCUGCUACGUCCGAUGCCCCUGCUGUCCUACCCGCUGUUGCUGCCCCGAGGAAGCCCUGGCCCGCCACCGCUACAUGAAGCAGGUUCAGGCCCUAGGUCCUCAAAUGAUGGAAAAACCCCUGUACUGGGGGGCGGACAGGAGCUCCCAAGUUUCAUCUUAUGCAAUGAACCCGCUGCUGCAGCGAGAUCUGUCCUUACGGUCCAGCCUUCCACAGAUGCCAAUGACCCAGAUGGCCGCUCCCCCUCCGGUGGCCAAUGGUGUCCUGGAAUAUUUGGAGAAAGAGUUGCGGAACCUCAACCCAGCCCAGCCUCUGCCUUCGGAUCUCAGAGCCAAAUCUGGCCACCCUUGCAGCAUGCUGUCCUCCCUGGGCUCCGCAGAGGUUGUGGAACGCAGAGUCAUCCACCUGCCCCCACUGAUCAGAGACCCAUUGCCCUCUAGGACCAGUAACUCCUCACACCAGCAGCAGCUCAACCCUGCUCCUUCCAGACACUGGGAUCUGAGUGAGGGCCGGAGGCAGCGCCAUCACUCCGAUUUCCUCCGAGAGCUCCAGGAUCGGGGGAUGAGACCCUGGGCCCCAGGGAGAGGGGAGCUGGAUCCCCAUUGGAGUGGGAGACACCACCGCUCUAGGCCCAGUGAGUCCUCCAUGCCCUGGUCAGACUGGGACAGCCUGAGUGAAUGUCCCUCAUCCAGUGAGGCUCCUUGGCCCCCCAGACGACCAGAGCCCCGAGAAGGCGCCCAGAGACGUGGGAGACGCAGGCAUCGCAGCUACUCGCCUCCCCUACCCUCGGGCCCCAGUUCUUGGAGCUCUGAAGAAGAGAAAGAGUCGCUGCCCAGGAACUGGGGUGCCCAGCGACGUCACCAUCGCAGCAGCCGCCGCCGCCGCUCACAGUCUCCAAACUGGCCGGAGGAGAAGCCACCCAGCUACCGUUCACUGGAUGUGACUCCAGGCAAGAACAACAUGAAAAAAGGGAAUGUGGAGAGGCGCUUGGAGAGAGAGAGCUCCCAUAGUGGACGGAGUGUGGUCAUUUAGUCUCCGGGCACCAUCUUGGAUCCCACGUGUCCUCAGCAUUAUCAAGAUUUCCAGCUGCCUUGGGAGGGACACUGUACAUCUGUGCCUCACAGUUUGGGUGUAGAUUCUAAGAAUCACAUAGAAGAGUUUUCAAAGCAGGUGUUUGUGGGAUUAAUAGCAAGCUUUCCCCUUGUUCAUGACCUCUGUUACAUGAUCUCUGACUUGUAAGGGAUCCUAGCUAGGAUCCCUCAGGAAUACAGUAGCUCAAAAUGUCCAAGUAAGUCAUGGUGCUCUGGACCAAGGCAUUCUUGUAAUGACAACUCAGGAAUCUUUAAGAAGAAGUCAAACAUGUUCCAGGAAUAGGAAACCUAUGGAAUAUUAUGGGCAAAUGCCCAUGGAAACUCCCUGCCGUGUCUCGAACUUCUUGAGGGUUUUUCCUCACUAAGCAUCCCCACCUGGUCCUGAGCAUUCCUGAGUUUCCAGUCCAAGCAAGCAAGCGAGUGCAAACAUUCUCCAGCUCUGUGCCUUUCGCAGGCUGUUUACUGCAACUCUGGAGAAGCACAGAGAAGCAGUUGUUCUCCAACCGUAUUCUCGUUUCUUUUCUCUUCCUUCUUGCUCCUUUCCCCUACAUUUAAUUUAUUUUCUUAUAUAUAAUAAUAUAAUAAUGCUAAAAUCACUUUAAGUACUUUCAAGCACCAUACAGUAUAAACAAGAAAACUAAUGUAGUGGGUUAAAGAUUCCAUUCUAAAUAAAUAUCUGCUUUCUACCCCGAGUUUCUAUUUCUAUUCAUUGAUUUAAGCUUACUUUCCAGUAAAACUCAGAGAAGAAUCAGGCCAGGCUGGGUAGUUCCAAAAUUACACUUCUCCAGGACUGCUGAACAUUUCAGGGUUUCAAUGUCUCAGGUGUUAGUAUCUAAGGUGGGUUUUGCCAUGUACAGAGUCCCAGGAGAAAAGAGCUGAACCUUUCCUGUAUAUAAUAGGGCUGUCACUGCUUCCCAUUUUCCAAAUAGCUGCUUCUCAGAUGUAUUUAUGAUUGAUGUGUAGGCUUUUUCUGAGUAGACUGGAAGGAGAUGGUCCCAAUAAUAUUGAUAUUGUACAAGAUCAGCAAUAUCCCUGUCUGUAUGGUCAUGACCUCAAUUUAGAGUUAAUUGUAUCAACUCAUCCAGUUUUCUCCAUAAUUAAAAGUGAAAAAAAAAUAGGCUAAAUUCCUGUGUUUGGCAGAGGCUACUUUUAGGAUUUUUGAAAUCUGAACUUAAAUUAG